AUGAAACUGCCCUGGGACAACAGAUGGAGCGCUGGUGUUGUGCAGGAUGUAGGAUCUAGUAAAGUAAAGAUGCAGGAGGAGAACUGUACCGCAGCUGGGGGAGGACUAUCCUCCACCCGUGAGCGCUUUGGCACGGGUGAGGUGCCCACGGCAGCUCCGCUGCUUUUUGCGAAUGCUCCCAAAAACACCUCAGCAUCCAUCAGUCCAUCAGGUUUGGUAUCAACAGGCAGCUGGGUGAAGCUGACCUGCUCCAGCAGAGCCAAACCUCCAGUCAGCAGCUUCACCUGGUUCAAGAAGAGCAGAGAUGGAGCUGUGAAAGUAUCUGAAGGAGAGAUUUACAGCUUCAAUGUAACAGAUGGAGGAGUUUAUUACUGUGUGGCCACUAAUGAUCUGGGUAAUCAGACAUCAGCAGAGAUUAACGUGACUGUUGGAGACACUUUGGCUGCUUGUCCUCCAAACACACGCCUGUUCAUCACUGCACCAACAGAGAUGGAAGCUCUGAGUGGAUCUUGUUUACAAAUCCCAUGUAACUUUAGUGCUGCUGGCCCAGAAAAGUUUGACAGCACAAGACUCGUCUUUGCAGUGUGGAUUAGAAAUGAUAACAACUUUAAUCCUGAUCCAGAAAAUGUGAUCUUCAACAGCAGUGGGACAUUUAACAUCUAUCCAAUGAAGAUUACAGGAAAUCUGAAGGAGAAAAACUGCACCACUCUGUUUUCCAGUUUAACCACAAAUUAUACAAACACAUUCUACUUCAGAAUUAUGAACUGGCCGUUCAGAAGUACAGCACGUUGUGAUCCUCUUAAAAUAACAAUUAAAGAUUCUCCUUGGAGGCCCAAUAUUACAAUCUCAGGUGAUCUGAAGGAGAAGGAGUCUGUCACUAUAACCUGCUCAGCUCUCACUCCCUGUCCACACUCCCCUCCUCAACUCAUCUGGAAUCUCCAACAAGACUCUCACAACAAAACAGAGGAAAACACAGAUGGAAGCUUUACAACUAAAAUCCAGCAGAACAUCACUCUGUCAGACACACAUGAUGGAAAGAAGAUCAGCUGCUCUGCCAGAUAUCCUGUGAACCAAGGAAAAGACACCAAGACAGCAGAGACAGAAGAGACCCUCAGUGUUUCAUAUGCUCCUAAAGACACCUCAGCAUCCAUCAGUCCAUCAGGUUUGGUGUCAGCAGGCAGCUGGGUGAAGCUGACCUGCUCCAGCAGAGCCAAACCUCCAGUCAGCAACUUCACCUGGUUCAAGAAGAGCAGAGAUGGAGCUGUGAAAGUAUCUGAAGGAGAGAUUUACAGCUUCAAUGUAACAGAUGGAGGAGUUUAUUACUGUGUGGCCACUAAUGAUCUGGGUAAUCAGACAUCAGCAGAGAUUAACGUGACUGUUGGAGAUGAUCUGUUUGGUGUCUCCACUGUCUUCAUUACACUAGUGAAGACUGUGGGAAUCAUACUGCUUGUGAGCACACUGAUCAUCUUUGAGUGCUGGUUUAGAUCAGGACGCUUCAACACACCAGAGACAGAAAGCGUUCACAUGAACAGAGCUGCAUCACAGUCUAAUAAUUAAAGUGUCUGCAAGAAGAGGA